AUGCUACCAGUAAUUCAAGCUAACAUUGACCCACGCAACACCGCCAGGCACACCUUCGACCCUGUUGUGAUCGCUCGUCGACUUCGGAUAUACCCCUACAGUGCCAAAUCACAGCAUAUAAUCUGUCUUCGUUUCGCCCUUAAAGGUUGCCAGUUUCGAGAUGGAAUAACCGAGUACUCCGCUACUGAGGGUAGCCUCGGGCCUCUCGGGACGGACCGCCACCAACAUAUCGAUUUUCGAGAUCUAAUCAAUAACGCAAGCAAGUCUUUGGGACCAAGAGGAGCACCUGGUGGUCUUGGGAAACUUGUAGAUAACCUGGCUCUCUUGGGCAAUGUUAGUCAGGACGUUCACAGUAACCCCACCGGACACCACGUCGUUGGCUGGGAGCGAAGUUUUGGAACUCCCGUCCACAUAAAUUUCAAGUUUGAUAAACCCCGUAAUUUUUCUCGCCUUCACAUCUUCACAUUCAACUCGCCCCAACUACGAGUCGGACUCUUCAAUCAGACGAUAAUCAAUUUCAUGAAGAAUCGAGCCACUUCAACCGUAGACGAGACCAGACUGACCUACACACUCACGCCCGAUAAUGUUGACAUUGAGGUGCGCGGUCAGUCCUGGCGGACAGCUGGCAACUUCAACCGCGUCACAGUCGUUCGUGACCCCACCUGGGAUGGCGCCGUGGUCGUCAGCAUCCCCCUCCAAGGGCACGUUGGAGAAGAGAUAUUACUCGAGUUAUUCCACUCCGAUGAUUGGAUGCUCAUUUCGGAGGUUCAGUUUAUUUCAGGUAAUCCGCGUCUUCACCCGAAAUGCCAUGAUUACGCCGAUCCUCACUUUGACGUGCUACCACAGGAAGGUGCAGGCACAGGAGGGGGGAAGGUCAGGUUCCCCGACGAGUCAGAGGUCGAUGGCGAACAGCGUCCAAAAUUGUUUGAAGCUGUCCCAACUACCACAGCCACCACCUCUGGCCCCACCACCACCACCAUGAUUCUGAUUGAUCCCGUUCCUUCCGUCGGCCAUCGACACGACGACGGUGCCGCCUCCAUGACAGCCACAGUGACCCAGCGACACGGUCUGGCCAGGGAUCAGCUGAGAGCAAACAGUCGAGGCACUACUUUCAUUAUCGUGAUUGUGGUGAGCCUUUUGCUCUCCAUAUUCUGCGUCGUGCUUGUUUUUUGCCUCUGCGUUCGGAUGCAGCACUCGCGACAGCGCGACCAGUCGCUCAAGAAGAUCGCCUCAUCGCCAGACCAGACCGGGGUCAGGCCUUGCUCAUUGGGCGGCGGCGGCGGCGGUGGUGGUGGCGGAGGAGGGGGAGGAGGACCAACAGGCUACCAGCAGACUGUCGGGGUGUCGUCUUGUAGCACCCACACCACAAUGGCACCCACGGCCCCUUGUUCUCCCCCUACAGCCUUCCUAUUUAGCCCAGCUCACAGCACCGGGUAUGCGUUUUACCGAUCUGAAGCUCGACGCACGGGUGCCAUGUACGCUGCGGCUGCACCGCCUUCGCAACCGCUGCAGGUUCUGUCGUCUCCAGCCAUGUUCGCGGGACCGGACGCUGGUCCUGCCGGGACCGCCUUCCACGGACUUCCGUCGCCAGGUCAUAACUUCGUUUCGAUGACUGGGGCCGAUCUUAGUACGCUUCCCGAUUGUCAACGCUCCGUCGCUGCAAUGCAGCAGCUUGCUUUGCAACAGCAGCAGCAGCAGUUUUAUCCAAUCGGGAUGAUCCACCCUGCCACCGGAGGCGACACCACCACGGACAGCGGCAGUCUCUACACCACGCCACCGGCGCUUUGUCCAAUCGGCCACGCCCCACUUCAAGGCCACAUGGAAAACCGCAGCGCACCUGCGUCUGCGUCCUGUUCGUCUGAUGACGACGACGACGACGAGGCAGGAGGCUUGACUCACCCCCCUGUAGCCCCAGCAGAACGUAGCAGCGUUACCACGUCGGCGUCUGAGGGAGCUGCCACCAGAGCGAAACGCGCUUCGGUGUCCACAGGAGGCGGAGAUGAGGAAGGCGAGGCUGAGAACUCGGCACUGCUCAGACCUGGAGUCGGCAUAAGCGGGCGGCGAAAGAGACCCAAACACCGCAGACAACGGGCAACAACAAUGACAACGCUGGGACAACGCAAAGAGAUGGGGAACACAACGCCAGGGCUGCAAGAGUCGGUGCAGAGUAGGGCGGACAGUGGGGUCGGUAGUUCCCGGGCUGAAGCCACGCCAAAGACACAACAGUCAAAUGUUUAUCCAAACGGUGGAGCAACACGACUGCUGCAGCCGUUCGCCGCUCAACCAUUUCCAAAUCUUGCCGGCAGUGACAUUCUAGGCACGGAGUAUGCCAGCACGUCCCUAUUCGGCUCAUCAACUGCCUCGAAUAAUGGCAUGUCAACCAUGAAAAAGGGUUCCUCUCCUUUGAUUGGUGCUAACGGACCACAGUACCCCUUUUUGGCUGCAGCUCAAUUUGCCGAUCAAAACGGGAGCCAAUCUCCAGCCGCCAUGAGUGGAGCCACCACGGCAACCCCAUUUCCCAGUGGUUCCUACCACCUUUACCAGCCCAUCCUGGUGCCCGCCCAACAGGCCCAAUUAUUCCAAAGCGCAGCCGGCUUCGGUGACUCCCAACUGGGGAGUCUGGUUCAACCUGCGCCCUUCCUCUCGCAGGGUGUCCUCCACACUGCCGUCCCCCCCACGGUGAGUCAAAGGUUGCCCCUCAUCGUAGCCGCAUUUCAAGGCAACCUUGAUACCUCUGUGUCUUUCAUCAGGUAG